UUGAUAAGCUUCAGCUGCACUAUUUGAGUUCAACUGGUCCUGUAUUUUUCAAUCUUGCUUUAUUAUUUUCUGUCCAUUCUAUGCUAGGGUUCUCCACGACGUUCGCCUUGUAAUUGUCGGUUUCUGUACUUUUAAGUCUGUCAGUAUUCGAUUAAAAAUAAAACAAUCUUUGCCCUGGUAGAUUAAGCUGUUUCUUUCUUUUUAUUUUUCAUGAUUUUUUUUGUUCUUUAUUUUUAUAUUAAGACAGCUUAUGAGAUCAAAACUAUAUAAAGAAGUAGUUUUCCAUUUUGAUACUUUUGUAUUAGAUUGAGUAUUUUGAAUAAGACAAGAUGCUUAACUACAAUUACUCAUUUGAAAAGGCCAAAGCAAAGUCCAAGGAUUCCAAGUCUUCCGAUACUCCCCCAGCAUCUCCAACAAUACGCCAUUCUGCUAGUUUUGAUCGGAGUCACAGAAGGUCGAAUUCCAUUUCUUAUCGAUCCAGAGGAAUGCUAGGGCCCAAGGAACAUUACUUUCAACGCGAUUCUAUCGAUACUCUUGGAAGUAGGCAUAGUUUAUUUUCCAACCAGUCGGAACCAGACUCUCCCAUUACCUUGGAGAAGAUUGGCACCCAGGCUCCAGAACCAUUCAUUGAUUUGAAUAUAAUUAACGUCGAAAGCGAAAAGUUUCGCCGUAGUCGACAAGCCAGUACCGGGUCUGCAUUAUCAUACCGUUUGGACGGCAUGUCUAGAAGUAACGAAAAGAAUAUACCAAGAGGCUAUUCCAAAUCAUCAAUGGAUGGUGGGCCAAGCCCCCAGCUUUGCAAACACCACCACAAGCACAGUUUUUCGCAACCACCAGGCUUCCUAGAGGUUGAUUUGAAGGAAUUUCUCGAGAAUGAAGAUGAAGAGGAGGGAUCAAUUGCAAGCAUGGACGAGCAUGAAAAUCCCUUUGAUCUGGAGGCUCUUGAAGAACACUACAUGUUCAACGAGCUGGAUAUCAUGCUACCUGCUUCAUCGAAUGAUUUGCUACUAAAGUAUCAGAGUCAACAACAGUAUGAAGACCCCAACAUGACCUCUGAUGGUGAUAAGAAGAGAAGUAAAUCUAGAUCAUACUUGGGAAUGAUUCGCCGGGGCAGUUUUUUAAAAAAUAAAGACUGGGCUAAAAAGGAUAAUUGAUAAAUAAAUAUUUAUAGAAGCUUAUUCCAACAAUGAAAGUAUUUAUCGUAAAUGAACAAACCAAGAGAAGGAUUCUGAAUAGUCGGGGGUUUCUUUGAGUGACUUUUGUCUCCUUUGUAAUUGGAGUUUAUUUAGAGCGAUUUUAGAGUGCAUACAUCAUGAGCUAAUUAUUUAAGAGUGUAUGUGGACGAUACAGAGUGUAUGUGGACGAUACAGAGUGUAUGGUGACGAUAUAGAGUGUAUGUAAUUGAAGGUAUCUGCAUAGGCAAACCCUUUAUUAAAAGGUUAUUUUUCUUUUUUUUUUUUUUUUUCUUUUUCUUUCUUUUCAAUUUAAUUGAGAAGAUAAGUUUUCCAAUUGAUUUCUGAUGGCCGAUUUGGCAGUACCACCAAUGGCAGUUCUUCUUUCCACGCUGACUUCGAAAUUGAACACGUCUUUAACAUCUUCAUCAAAUCUUGAAUCGAUUUUUUGUAAUUGUUCAA